UUAAUUAUAUAUCUAGAUGGAGAUAAAUCCCUUGAUUCACCAUGUCCAGAUUUUGGAAAAUUUUUAUAUUUUCUCUUUGUACCAACACUUAUUUAUCGAGAUAAUUAUCCUAGGACCUCAACUGUAUGUUGGAAAUAUGUUGCUGUGAAUUUCAUUCAAGUUCUUGCUUGUCUGUUUUAUAUAUAUUAUAUAUUCCAAAGAUUCUGUGUGCCAAUUUUUCGUAGAUUUGGCCAUGAAAGAUUUACUCCAAAAGGACUACUACUAUCAGUUUUUGGAUGUAUGAUGCCAGGAACAUUAGUUUUGUUAAUAACUUUUUUUGCGCUACUUCAUUCUUGGAUGAAUGCUUUUGCAGAAAUGCUUCGGUUUGCAGACAGAAUGUUUUAUAAGGAUUGGUGGAAUUCGACUUCUUUUUCAAAUUAUUAUAGAACAUGGAAUGUUGUGGUUCAUGACUGGCUUUAUACUUACAUUUAUAAAGAUUUAUAUAGACUUACUGGAAGUAAAAAAAUGGGACCUAUGUUUGUAGUAUUCAUACUAUCGGCUUUUGUUCAUGAAUAUAUUCUUACAUUUGCAUUCCGUUUCUUUUAUCCAGUAUUAUUAUUAUUGUUUGGAGGAUUUGGAGUACUCUUUGUUUUUCUAACUAAUAAAGGAAAGGCAAGAAGUUGGAAUGUGUUUAUGUGGACAGCCCUGUUUAUGGGAACUGGCUUGCUUAUGAGUUUAUAUAGUAUGGAAUGGUAUGCUAGAUCAAAUUGUCCCAUAAAAAUAAAUUCAUUUGUGGAUUAUCUAAUUCCAAGAUCUUGGACCUGUGAUGCUUUUACAAGAGAAUAAUUAACAAGAAAAUUUGAAUGAAGUAGGAUUGAUUUAUCAGAUAGAUGAAAUUUUAGAAUUUAGAAUUAUCUAUAUAUUAAAAUUAUGAACAGAUUUUAUUCCACAAGAUUUUUUUUAAUAAUCAUUAUCAUUAGAUACUUAAUCAUUUACAUAGAUUUAUUAGAUAUUGCCCAUCCAUUGUACUUCAGAAUUGAAGUUAUAUAUUACAGUAUGUAUUCUAAUUGCAUAAAUAUAAAGAGUGAUUCAAUAAGAAUUGCAGGAUUUAUUUUGUUAAUAAAAAAUUUCAUUUUACCUCAAAAUUCAAUUUUUACUACACCAGUGUAAUCUUGAGGGAUGGGAACUUACAUAUCCAGUGCAGUUGCGAGAUCUGGCAGGCCAGUUCAUGUCACCAUUUCAAGAGAUCUGUAAAUUUCACAUUGCAAUUGCAAAGUUUCACAAGCUGUGUUAUAUGUUGCUCCAUCCUGCUGGAACUACAUGUCACUUACAUUGAUAUCAAUGCAUUCUGGCCAUAAAAAGUCUGAUCAUGUCAUGAUAUUGUUUGCCAAUUCAUUGUGACUGCAUUUCCAGCUUCAUUUAAAAAAAAGUACAAACCAAUAACACCUGCUACCCAAACUAUCACUUUCUGUGAAUGCAUUUGUCUUUCUUUGGUGACAUGAGGAUUUUCGGUGCCCCAGAUUUGAUAAUUUUGCUUAUUAACAAAACCAUUAAAAUGUAAAUGAACUUUGUCACAGAAAAUGAUUUUGUCGAGAACUCUUCAUCAAUGCUUUGUUGAACUGUGUAUGCUUCAUCUUGAAUUUUUCCAGCCAAUACAACACAGUUAUAUGUUAAAAGUGGUGUUGUAGCACCACCAACAAAAAUUACACUGAGUUCAAAACUAUGCAACUCUUAUUGAAUCACCAUAUUUACUGUAUAUUAAAAUAUCACAAAUGAUCACUUAUUUAUAUAAAUCCAAAGAAUAAAAAUGUUCCUUUUUACAAUAAAUUUUUAUUUCAUUAUUAUAUAAUUAUUUUUAAUUUAUAAAAGCAAUUUAUAUGUAUAAAAGUAUGAAUACAUAGUUUUGUGCCAAAUAAUAACCAAAAACUUUGUUUUUUUCUUUUUGUUUUACUAUUUUUAUAAAUAACACAUGCCAAAACUAUUAUUUUUUUGUAUGUAUAUAUAAAUUAAAUCAAUUGUUUAGAUAAUUGAAACCUAUUUAAUUUUACAAGCUCUAUGGUGGCUUUUCUUUUCCGCUAGACACCAUCAUUUAGAAACAGGACAAUCUUUAGAAAAUCACAUUUUUAUUUCCUAGAGUAUGCAUUUCGGACUUCAAGUCCCUUUUCAACUCUUUGUGAUGUAAAUGGUUAUGAGAAGCACAGAAAUGGUGAUGAUUGAUAACAUGCAGAUGAUAAUUAUUAAUUUACAGGUGUUUGAGUAGAUAUGACAGUAUGAUAAAUAAAGUAGUAAUAGCAGAGAGAAACGAACAAAAUACAUAAAAAUCUUCUGUUAAAACCAUAACAUUUAAAACUGUGACAUUGGAAACUGUUUUAAUGGCAUUUACAUCAUAAAGAUUUGAAAAGGGACUCGAAGUCCAAAAUGCAUACUCUAGGACAGGUGGCGAACCUAUGGCACGUAUGGAGAAAUCAUCUGGCACGUAAUGUAUCAUACGAUUUCUGUCUUUUUCAAUCAUCUUUUCGGUUUAUCACCUGAUCAUCCUUUUUUCAAUCAGCUUUUUUACAUUUAUUCUAAUUAAAGCAUAUUCGUUUAAUUUUUUUAAAUAUCGUUAUUCGAAGUCUGAAACUUUGGCACGCAUAAACAUCUUUAAAGCUAAAUAUGCUUACAAUAUGGCACGCGAACACAAAAAGGUUCACCAUCCCUGCUCUAGGAAAUAAAAAUGUGAUUUUCUAAAGAUUGUCCUGUUUCUAAAUGAUGGUGUAAUAAGUCUAGUGGAAAAGAAAAGCAGUCAUAGAGCUUGUAAAGUUGAAUACAAGACUAGACAAGAAGCAUAUUACAGAACUCAUUGAAACCUAUUUGUUAAUAUGUAAUUAUUUCAAAUAGAUGCUCAAAUAAAACACAUUUAAAUAUGUGCAAAUGAUAUAUUUUAUACAAUUGUAACAUGUAAAUACUUUUAAGUAAAAUAAAUUGAGCAUAUGUUAGGAGAAUAUAUUUUUUUGACUGACUAGUCAAGUGAUUGUAUAGUCAUUUUGUAUGUUUCUUAUGUAGUUUUAAGUUGUAAUAAUACAUCUUAUUACUUCAAAUUUUAAAUUCCUAUAUGUUCAAAAAAGAAAUGUUCCGGCAAAAAAUUUGAUAAUUAGAAGUAAUUAUAGUUUAUAAAGAUUAUUUUAGAUUUCUGAAAUAGUAAAAAUGUCAGUUAUACUUUAACAGAAAAUACACAAUGUACAGGAAAACAAAAAUUUUCCCAUCAUAUGAACUUCAAUACUUCAUUUUAAAAAGUAUCUGGAAAUAAAUGCAUUUCAACCCCAAGUUUGAAAAAAUUCAGGGGUGAAAAGAUAGUAAUAAUGA